AUGCGGAAGUUGGAGCGGCAAACCGCGAGCCUCGUGGAGAGACAAGCGGAAUUGGAACAGCCGGGGGCUGUGAUGGCGCCCGAGUCGGUGCGCAAGAAUGCGGCGAGGGCGUCUAUGCAGCUGAAGUGGGCGAAUGAAUUCUACGACGAGUCAUCGAAUAAAGAUGACCUACGCGGAAGUGAAGACCAUGAUCAAAGGUCGCUGCUCCUGCAAAGAGCUAUCUUCAACAAACUCUUCUUGCUUUCGACAGCAGGGGAAGCAGGACCUGCUGGGGAUAAAAAGGAAGAAGAAAAGACAAUGAAUGUUGGAAGAUUGUCCUGGACUCGUCUCGUCGAUCUGUACACGGAAGUGCUGGACACGCUAGUCGUGUCUACUAGUCAUGCCCCUUUAAUAACAUCCCUGGAUGCGAACACCAAGGUGCAGCAGCUGCAGAUCUUCCUUCAGGAUGUCUACGCGAAGGGGGAAAAAUUUACGGAGACGACAGAACUACCAUCCGUCAAGCAGACCACGCCGGAGCACCAUGGAAAUAAGAACAAUAAGAUUUCCUAUGUCAUCGAGAUCGCAGAUGACGAAAAUUCAGCACCAGCAGGCCGCGUCAUUUCAAGUGCCGCAAAGACGAGCGCUGGCGUAACUUCUGGUGUAGGUUCUGUGGCAGGAACAAAUGUGCUGUCUUCUGCGACGUCAACCUCCCCGACCAUGACAGUAGGAAGUCCGGCGGCACAACUGCAAACAGGAACGACGGCUGGCGCUGAUAGUGGAAGUACAUCAAAGCCUAUCGUCUGCAAGCUGCACCCCGUGCAGUUGGUCUUCGCGCUCUGGAAGGCGGUGCGGGUUACAGAAAUGCUGUUAGAGAACAAGCGGACCCGGCUCGCGGGGGAAAAAAAGCACAUCAACGCCCAGAACAGUGACAAUUAUUCCGACGUUGAAGAUGAACAAGGUCAAUUUUUGGACGGCAGUGGGAUUUAUUCCAGCAGCUUUAUCCUGUGCAAAAGUACCGUACUCGUAUUGCAAUCAUUGCAUUACAAAUCUUGUUCUUAAGGUAAAUCAGCAUCACAAAUUUUAUUUCUCAUGCUGAGGAAAUUUGUAAUGCAUGUAUAAGUACGAGUACGAUACUUUUGCAAUGCAUAGGCUUCAACUCCAAGCGAUUGUGGGACAGGUUUCUAGCGCGAACCAGAAACAUCAAGGCAGAUACGAUUUCUUUGAGGAAAGACAUCAAGUCAGCCGGAGGUCUACUUCGGGGAAGUGGUACUCCGGAAAGUAGCCCCACGCUCGCGUCCCCCACCUCGCGCGGCCGGGCAAAUUCCGGCCGCAACCUGCGCCGGUCCGGCACAUCGUCUCUGGGUGGCGCUCUCUUUGGAUCACCGAGCGAGUCCUUCUUCACCCACUCGAAUCUUUUUGCACACGGUAAUUUUGCAAGAGGAUCCUCCUCUGGUGCUCCUAAAGUAAGCAGUGGUAACGACACCCCCACCAUGCCUGAUUUUGAGAAGAUGCAGUUGGAAGGGUUGAAAUUGCACACGGUCCUGGAGCUGGACGAACAGAAGAUGCUGGAGCGAUUUGACGUGAAAGUCCAGGAUUUACGCAAACUUGAUCCAACACACUUGCUGCUCUUAUCGAGCAGCAGCUCCGGACGAGGUGCCACUAGUGCUGGUACAAGUCAUGCCGCAUUGCCCUCUGGUGCAGCUGCUCACUUGAACACGAAGCCUAUCAACUGCAAAAAUGUCUGGGUCUGGAAGAAUGCCAGUCUUGUCAUGCAGGUUUUCCAUGACCCAUGAGGUCUGGUAUGUAGGACAUAGCAUGACAGAUUCUGUGAGAGUUCUAUCAUGCCUAUCCUGCAUGAGAAACUGCCACUCGAUUAGGUCAAAACUGGACAGCUUUUGGUAAUGAUGCAACACAGAUUUUUACAUGAUUCAGAUUUAGCAUGAAAAGUUGCUUUGUUCCAGACCCAGACAUUUUUGCAAUCCACAAAGCAAGCAGAGCAGCACUUCAGUUUGACGCAGAAGGGCUACCUUUCGGAUUAUGCAUUGCAAAAAUGUCUGGGUCUGGAAGAUUUGUCAUGCUUGUCUGGCAUGACUAGGAAUUCUGUCAUGCGUAGAUGCAAAAAGAUCGUCUUGUCGGUGAUGCAAAAGUGCAGCCUGCCAUGCGGACCAUGCAACGCAGAGCAGCCCAAAAACCUGUCAUGCUUGGCCACGUAUUACAGUGCGCUCAUUAUUCCCUGGUUUGCAUCACAAGUUUCCACACCGAGACAUAUUUGCAUUUGAUACGGUUAUCGCCGGUGCAAUCUCCAGAUCGGCCAACAGUAUCGCUACUUCGGGCAACAGCAAUACGAAUAUUAAGCCAACGAGUACAGCAAGCGUUACCACGCUACAAAAAUCCGCUGCGUCCCGUGCAGCUCACCGUGCUUUCCUGAAGCGCGCACGCGGUCUGGUCUCCUUCCGCAGCCGGGUGGGAGGCGCGCCUAGUACCUCAUCGCGAGGUGCUGGCGGGAUGAGCACCUUGCAGUCCUCUGGCGGCGCGCGAACAAGCGCAGGAGGGGCGCAGCAACUACACACAACCGGUGCAACUGGUGUUCCUUCCAUUUCGGAACUUACAGCUUUGCAGCUGCAAUCCACAAUCGUACCGGCCGGCUACUUAUCAAAUGUAAAAAUGUCUGGGUCUGGAAGAAUGCAACUUGUCAUGCUAAAUCUGAAGCGUGCAAAAAUCUGUGUUGCGUGCUUACCAAAAGCUGCCCACUUUUGACCUACUCGAGAGGCAGUUCUCAUGCAGUGAUGGAGCGCGCACAGAAUCUGUCAUGCUAUGCCCUACAUGCUAGAUCUCAUGGGUCAUGGAAAACCUGCGUGACAAGUCCUUGUGUUCCGGCUACUCCGGAUCGCAAUCGAUGGAGGGCGGGACCUGCACCGGCGACAGGCGCUACCCAACCAACCAACCAAGUCUGGCACUCUUCCAGACCCAGACGCUUUUACAUUUGAUACUACUUUGAUGCGGAACACCUCCAAACCGCGAGAAAUAAGAACGUCGUGAGUAGGGCCCACGACGAGGACCAAAGCCGCUCGUCUAUCGCAAAGAAAAAUCCCCCCUCCCCAUAUUGAAAACGCACGACCCGUCUGAAAAUUUGUGAUGCACAUUUGUGACCUCAAAUCUUGUCUGUCUUGCAAGAAAGCAAGUCCAGAGAGCCUCCUGCAGGUUGCAGGCGGUUUGUGAUGCUGUUGGGCUUAGAGCAUACACGUUUUUCAUGCUAGGCGCCUACGUCAAAACCUCUCGGCCGAGGCUUGGCAUAUGCCUGCAGUCCUCUACUGCAAGACAGGUCUGAUUUGUGUACGGAAAUCCAGCAUCAGAAACUUCGUUUCGAUAUGGGGAGGGGGGAUUUUUCCUCUUGAUAUCUUCUUCAACCUCUACAUUGAACCCCACGAACGGGGGCACUUUGGUUUUGCGUUUGGCGCUAUGAAUUGCAAAAAUGUCUCGGUCUGGAAGAUUGGAACUUGUCAUGCUGUUUUUGGACUGUGAAAAAAUUUGUAUUGCAUGACCAGCACGAGCGGUACAGUUUGUGCUGCACGGACAGGGCAUUUGUCAUGCGGAAGGUGCAUCAGGAAGACCUCUAAAAGUCUGCGAUGCCAAUUCAUGCAUUACAGGCAUCAUGGGUCAUGAAAACUAUGCAUGACAAAUCAAUCUUGCAUUCUUCCAGACCCAGACGUUUUUGCAUUUGAUAGGCGCGCGACGAGGUGCAGCAGAGCCAGAAAAACCGAAACUUGAUCUUCAGCACAGCUGGCGGCAUCCGCCAGACCUCCCAACCCGGCACGACCGCAGACCGGCUCUUCGAGAGUCCGACGAAUGUGCACCUGGUCGCGUCGCUGGAGUCCUUCGCGGCUUUGAGACUGCAGGGACUGAUCCUGUCGAGCAAGAGCCCGAGCAGUGGGGAAAUGUUGAGUACGAAUGGUGUCGUCUUCGGCGAAGGCAAGGAAAACACAGGGUUAAAAAGACUGAAUCCGGCGCCGAUGUUAUCCUGAGCAAAAACGUCCCCACCCCAUAGUCAACAUGGGAAAUCAGCUAGACAAGUCUCCAAGUUUUGGGAGUUGCGCAUGCCAGGUUUGCCUCUGCAGUGUAGUUCUGGUUAAUAGCAAGGGAAGCCGUAUUAGAAAGCCACUUUCUCAUCCUGUUUACAGCAUUACAAAUUCCAAAACACGAUUGGAAAUGCUUCUCAUGGAGCUGCGCAUUACAAAUCGAUUCCUGUCCUUGGCCUUGCGCAUUUGCAUUACAGCUCCGGGGUGGGGACGUUUUUACACAGGAUAGAUGUUGUUGCGGGACUUCUGUUUGAGAAACUACAAAUUCGUCCCGCCGGCACCGAGGCUAAGUAGUCCACCGGAAACUAGGUCUAGAAGCCUCUACGAUCCCUCGAGUUCCCCGUCCGCUGCAAGCGGAGAAGAGCACCGGGACAGUUGGAAUAAAGGAAGACAAGGCGUGAACCUUGAUCAAGUGAAAGGCGGCGGCCGCUACGGUCAAGAACUAUGGUGGGCCUACGCCUGUGAACUGCUGCAGUACGAUGCGCAUGGGCAUACCGCCGAGUAUUUGACGAGCCUGAAGCAACGGAGCAGCGUCGGCGCGGCGCCAGCCGCGUCGGAUUUCCCGGGGGCGGCAGUUCGGGAAGGCGAGGGCGGGGCUCUUGAGGGCUCUGCUUCAGCCGAAGCGCGGCGGAAGAAAGAGGAAAAGGAGAAGAACAAGAAAAAAGAAAAAACAAAGAGGUCUUCGCCCUUCGACCGGUGGCUGGAAAAGAGCCUGAGAAGCACGAAAGCCUCGAAGAGCCACGCGCAGCUGAAGGGUCUCUUCAAGAGCCGGAAUGACAAGCUGCAGAUGGAGGUGUACGCCGCGAUUCGCCGGGCGUCCAUGAACCGAAACAACAAGCUGCAACGGCUUCUGCGCGAGAGCAGCGACGUGGACACGCCCAUGGGAGUUGAAAAUGCUGAACAACCUAGUACUAGUGCGGCUGGUACGACUACAACCGGCUUAGCGCAUCUACAACUUCCUGGUGUCAAUACUAUCACGCCAACAAAGUUGUUUCAGAACUGGGAACUGAGGAUCUCCGACUUGGAAAGUAAGCGCAAUCCAGGGCGGGGGGCCACCCCGCCCGGCGCAUUGUCCGUGUUCAGUCUGUUCUACAAGCAGACCACACGACCAGAUGAAUCAGCUGUUGUGUCGCUGCAGCAAGAAGACGAAAACGUGUUUGACAGUAUCCAGCAAAGCCAGGAAGCGAUCUCCACGCGCGGCAGUGGCGCAGCGUCUUUGCCGUUGGUGGCACUCAUGAAUAAGCCUCCCGCUCUUCCAACAGUAGGGCAGGGAGAAGUUCUCGGUGGUUCAUCCGGAGGAGAUGCUGGCGGUACAUCAACCGGUGCAGCUCCAGGAGGUGAAACUGAAAUUACAUCGAGCAAGACGCUGUCGAUCUUCCCCGCACAGGCGGGGGACAUUCUGGCGAAGAUUUCCAAGGUGGUGCAAGAAACCCUCGAGCAACAACUGCUCGUCAGUACCAGCACGGGGCUGCACAACCGUGCCGGGUACCUCGCGGCCGAGGGCAAAGAGCUGACGGAAAGCCUCGCUAGCAAGGAGGAUUUCAAGAUCGAAGCGCCGCAGAUUUACAAGCGGCUUUCAGACUGGCAGAAAGAAAAGCAGUAUCGAGAAACUACGCCCGAGUACGCACAGAAACAAGAGCAAAAGGCUAUGAAAUUGAAGGAGAUCCGGAUGCACCUGGCAAACGUGCGGAAAGAGGGGCACGCGAUGCAGCAAAUUCUGCAGGACUACACGACCGGGGUGGUCAAAACGACAAAGCGCAUUGAGUCGGGGCUGCACUCGGCUUUCGCCGACGUCGAGCAGGACCUGCAGCAGUCGAUCGGCAAAGAAUACUACGUGGAUCACACAGCCGCGAACCCGCGUGACCUCCGGGGCUCUGCGCGAAUGACGGAAAUGCGCGGGUUUGUGGAGCAAUUGCUGGAUAAUUCUCUGGCACUGAACCUGAAACACGUGUUUGGUACAACUUCUAGAGCUUCGGUGGAGUGGUCGCAGCGGCUGGAGCAGCUGGAAAAGGUCCACAGCUGCGACGUUGACGCCCUUUUGCGCGACUACACGGACACCAGCGCAACCACAUUCCAGUUGAACGAGGCGGCGCUGUUAAAGCCGCACGAGCUGUCCGGCGGAGAGGCCUUCGUUCUCGCCAGAACUAGUACGACUGGAGAAGAACAAGUUGUUAGUGGGCAGCUGGGUAGAAGUACUACAACUUCUAUGCCCGCCGCAAAAAUCACCAAGCUCUUCCGCCCGGGAAAACUGCUGACGUAUUUUCGUGCGAAACUGGCCGAGCCGGUGCAGCAGGUGCUGGAUGACCGAGUGAACAAGCAGUUAAGGAGGCUGAAAAAACAGAUCGGGCACUUGGACGUCGAGCUGAAGGAAAAGCUGCCGGCGGAGCUGAGUGCAAAGAUCGACGAACAGAAGCAAAUCUUGCGAAACGAGGUGUCCGGCGUCAAGGCCCAAAAGUUGAGGGUGACGAUCACGCAAUUGAAAACCAGGCUGGCCGAGGAGUGGUCUAGCGCCAGAAAUAAUCCCCACAAAUACGAACUAACUGUCUUAAAGACCGACAUCGACACGAUCUGGAGGGAUUCGCCGCUCAAGGACUUCGAGGUCGCAGCUGAGCGUGAUGAUUUCACCGAUCUGGUCGAGGAUGUGCGGAAGAAGAUGCAUGAGCGAUAUACUGCAGAAAUUGAAUCGCUAAAGUCGCCUGAAACUAAGGAGAAAUAUAAGGAAAAGAAUAAGAAACAUAUCCUCGUCGUCGCCGAGCAAACCCUGGCCAGCCUCAGCGGCCCUUUGGCAAAAUCGCUGAAAACCGAGGACACAAGCUUCAAUCCCAAAGCCCAUUCAAGCAUCAAGAGAGUGAUGGACAAACAGGAGGCGUACGAGGAGCAGCGCAGUCUGCUGGAGAGUAUAAAAUGUAAAAAUGUCUGGGUCAGGAAGAAUCCGAACUUCUGAUGCUGCAUUUGGAUUCCAAAAAAAUCUGUAUUGCAUGACCAGCAAAGGGAAUGCAAUUUUGGCUAAGCGGAGAGGGCAUUUGUCAUGCGGAAUAGGUAUCACGAAGCCCUCAAAAAGUCUGUGAUGCUAGGGCAUGCAUCACAGACAUCAUGGCCCAUGCAAUACGUGCAUGACAAGUCUCAGAAUCUUCCAGACCCAGACACUUUUGCCUUUGAUAGAGAGCGAAAGGAAGCAGUUUCAAGAAUUGAAAACGGAACUCGAGCAACUGUUGUCCAGCUUUGGGCGGUGGCUGUACCCCUUCGGCGGGAACGCCGCCGCCAGUCAGUUGCGGCAGAUCGUGACCUUGGGAAAGGACAAGAUCCACGAAAAAGUCCGGGAAUUGAAGAAAGACCUGAAGAAACUGCAGCAGCAAAGUGAAAGUCCGGGUGGUGGUGCCGCGUCCUCGGGUACUACAACAACCGGCACCUCGACGGCAGCCCAACAAGUGGUCGAGGAGGAAAAGAAAGAAACGGAGCCUAUCCUGAUUAAAAACGUGCCGCCCACACCAGAGGCAUGGUGGGAAAUCUGCUAGACAAAUCAACCAGCUUUGGUUGUUUGGCAUGACAAGUUUGCCCACCUAGUGUAAUCCUGUUUCGCUAGUUCAGAAGCAUCACAGAUCUCGCGUAGCAUGCUGAUUCUAGCGUCACAAAUUCCACAACGCGAAUAGAAAAUGGCUCGCAUGGAAGUCCGCAUGAGAAACUUUUUCGGCAUGCAGAUCUGCAUGACAACUCUGGGGUGGGGACAUUUUUACUCAGGAUAGAGCUCACGCUGGAGAUGUGGACCGACUUGCAGGAGCAGUUCGCACAGCACAUCUUCGCAGGGGAGCAUGCGGAGCUGAUUUCCAUGGAAAAGGUAAAUGAAGCCGACGACGGGGAGCCGGGAGGACGGGACGAGAUGAACCGGGCGGAGCGACUGCAACCGAAAGCGAACACGAAAUUCGAUGCGUACGACACGACCAACGGGCGGCUUGCGGGCUAUACCGAGGCGGAAUUUGUGACGGCCGUGGAGUUAUGAAUUGCAAAUAUGUCUGGGUCUGGAAGGCUACAACUUGUGAUGCUGCACUUGGAUUCUACAAAGCUCUGUAUUGCAUGAAGAGCAAAAGAGGUCCAGUUUUUGCCACGGCGAGAGGGCAUUUCUCAUGCGGUAAAGACAUAAGGAAGCCCUCACAAAAUCUGUGAUGCUGGGGCAUGCAUCACACAUCGAUCAGGUUCAGGAGUCAUGCAGAAUGUGCCUGACAAACCUUGCAUCCUUCCAGACCCAGACAUUUUUGCAUUUGAUAGGAGUCGCUGCGCGCGAAAGUGUACGAGCUGCUGGAAAAGAAGGGCCAAGCCGUAUUGAAAGGAAAAACUCCCCCUCCCCAUAUUGAAAAGGUAUGUCAACAAAAAUUUGUGUUCCGGAUUUGAGGUUACAAAUCACAUCUGUCUUGCAAGAAGACAAGGGCAGAAGCUUCCGCCCCAUUAUGGAAGCGAUUUGUCAUGCUGUUAGGCCUAAAGGGGAGCCGUUUGCCAUGCUGAACAACUAGACCCAUACGCCCCUACCUAGCCUGGGGAUCUGGCCGCCAUGCCUCUCUGCAAUACAAAGCUGAUCUGUGGCCACAAAUCAGCAUUACAGAUUUCCGUUUCAGCAUCACAAAUUUCCGUUUUGAUAUGGGGAGGGGGGAUCUUUCCUUUCGAUAAGCCGUUCUCGAAAAACGGGUCCAAGCGGUGAACAAAGAACUGACGGCCGCCCGGGAACUGCUACACCAAGCGACCGGUAACGGCAGCCGGGAUAUGAUGAGGAAGAAUGAUCCCUCCUCGUUGAUGCCCUGCUAUGGUGCUCAAUUAUUAUAGGCGACUUGUGAUACUCAUGCUUUGUUUGGGUGCGGCGCAAGUAAAAGUCGCUUGGUAUUCUUGCAUAAAAGACAAGCGACUGCUUGUUUUCAUUGCAUUUUAUACGCGAGUUUCCUUCCGUUCCUGUUUUAUUGUCAUGCCGAAAGAACGGGCAGAGUUCUAGUUGCUACACAGGCGAAGCCGAAGUAUCUCUAUCUGCGUAGGCCGCUGCCGCUGGCUUGCUGCAAUACAAAGUCGUGACUUCUUGUACUACACACAUCACAUCCGCAUCACACAUUCUCCAGCAUGUCACUGGGUCGAGGGGGAGGAUUGUUCUUGCUGAUACGGGACGCAGCAGCCACCUCCACUUCCAGGUCGUCUACCACGAGCAGGUCCAUCAAGACCGAAAAGAAUGAGAAGAAGCUUGACAGUUUAAAGCUCCAGCUCGAAUCCUUCAAAACGGACCUGCUGGGCCCAGUGGCGCACGAGCUCCACACGGUUCUCUCGAAGGAAGACCUCGCUUCAUCGUCAACGCCUGCGAAAAAUGCAGCGGUAGGUGCAUCGCACCCCGCUACAACUACUUCCACACUUACCACUGCGGGCAACGUGCCGGUGAAGCCGGUUUCGCAGCAACUGGGCAAUGUGAUCGCGGUGCGGUUCUUUGAGCACCUCGUCAAGCCCGUGCUGGCCAACUUUCUGAAGGCGAAGAAGCACCAGGAGGAGGUACAGGGCAUGCUCUCCGUGGACGAAUCCCUGUAUGAACUGCAAAAGUAUCGUACUCGUAUAAAUGCAUUACAAAUUUUCUCAGCAUGAGAAAUAAAAUUUGUCAUGCGGAUUUGCCUUAAGAAAAAGAUUUGUAAUGCAAGACUUGCAUUUAUACGAGUACGAUACUUUUGCACAGGAUACCCUGCAGGAGCUGGCAAAAUUCGGCGACUUCAACCGCAUUCGCCACAGCGAGAACGCCGUGCAACUGCUAUUGAAUGUAAAAAUGUCUGGGUCGGGAAGAUUGCAACUUGUCAUGCUAAAUCCGAAUCAUGCAGACAUCUGUGUUGCAUGAGUGCCAAAAGCUGCCCACUUUCGACCAAGUUGGGAGGGAGUUUCUCAUGCAGGAGAGGCAUGACAGAGACCUCACAGACUCUGUCUUGCUAGGUCCCGCAUUCCAGACCUAACGAGUCAUGGAAAACCUGCAUUACAACUUCCAACCUUCCAGACCCAGACAUUUUUACGCUUGAUAACUGCCCAACGAGAACUAUUUGAACGCUAUCAUCCCGCCGGUGUUACUCUGCACGCCGGGUCGUGCCAGUGGUACGGCGGGCCAGGGACAGGCAACGCACCAGACGGGCGACUUCUGCCAACAUCCACCUACUUCGUCGUCCACUGCUGCCCACGGGCAGCUACAGCAACAGGAAUUAUGCAGUGCAGAAGUAUCGUACUCGUACUAAUUGCAAACACGCAUGACAGAUCUUCUUCCUAAGGCAAAACAGCAUUAGAAAUUCCAUUUCUAAUCCUGAGAGAAUGUGUGAUGCUAUUUAUACGUAGUACGUUACUACUUUUGCAGUUCAUAGGAUUUCAUCUUCCGGAAUUUGUAUGAAAAAUGAACGAGAUUUUUACCCCCAAGGACGAGCGCGAGACAAAUUAUUGGAUUGGAAAGCAAAAAUACGGCUUUGCAUGAUUAUGGAUUUUCUUGGUCAAACCCAUCUGUGAUGCCGGUCGGCCAAUGCAUUUCUAUUACACGCGUCGAUGAUGUAGCUCUGGAGCCGCCUGGAUGAAUCGUUUAAACAAGCAUUUCCCAUUAAUUUGUCGACGUAGUAGUCGAAAUGAAAUAUGCCCGAUUUUAUUUUCCCCUUGUUGAUAUUAUGUUGGAAAAAAAAAAAUCUCAAGGAAAUUCUACCGACGGCCUAAGGAGAUUCUCCCUCAAGGAGAUUCCCCCCCAUAAAAUUUAGAUUAUGAACUGGCGUCGAGCUUCAUGCUCAUAUUAGCAUAGAAAGAAAUAGUAGACCAAGACGAGCGCUGGCGCCCGUGCAAGAUGAAGGGAUGAGCGUGGGCCAAACUACGUGCGCGCUGACCGUUGCCACCAAGAGCCCCCGGCCCGCCUGCGCACCGGGGGCGGAAGACUUUUUGGUCCUGCCCUUCGCCCGCCUGCCCCGCCCGUGUGGCGCCAGCCUUGCUGCAGCAUCAGCCCAGGCUUCGCUCCGUCCUUACAUACAAAACGCGCGCAGGCGCGCAGCAGCUCUCCUCUUGAUUGGCUCCCGGCGGCGCGGUGCUGGCGGCAUUUCUUUUGUUCGGUGUUUGCGUCUUUGAAACUGAACAGAACGCGACAGCUUCUACUUUUGCGCGCGACCCAGUCGCCAAUGGUUAGCAAAAAAGCAAAGAACUUUUCGCGUUGCGCGCGUGCCCCUGCCUGUGGGUCCCUUUGUAGCCGGUUCGGCUGUGCGGUUUGCAUGGCCGACAGCAAGAGCCGGCUUUUUCUACUCGCAUGUAGUCCCGGGCCUUGCAGAGCAAAGACCUUGCUCCGCACACGAGCAGCGCGCGCUGCGUCCCCUCUUUCUUUGCGCCGACGGCGCUGCGCUUCAAAUUCCUGCACCGUCGCGGUCGCAACGGCUUUUUUUAUUUCGCGCGCGCGCCGCACCCGCUCACGCUCUGCCCGUCGUUGCUUCGCACCGACGGCCCUGCGCCUUCGUUCGCGGACCUUCAAAAUUGCCUCCGCCCGCGCGCAGCACGUGCUCCGUUCCUCGUCGUUGUUUCGCGCCGACGGCUUUGCGCUUUUUUUCACGUGCGCACGGCAAAAAUUUUAGUCGCGCGCGUGCCGCGCGCGUUCCACACUGCGUUGCGCCGCGCCGAGGCCCUUGCGCUUUCAUUCUUGCAUGGGCGGCCGGCCGACAAAAAAAAACUUCUUUCGCGCGCGCGGCGCGCGCUCCACCCUUCGCUGCUUCGCGCCAGCGCCCUUGCAGUUGCCUGAACGGGUACCCGACAGAAAUCUUUCGCACACACGCCGCACCCUUCUCUGCUUCGCGUCAGCGGCCUUGCAGUUUGUUUCCUGCGUGGGUGCCACACAAAAUUUUUUUGCGUGCGCGCCACACCUUCACCCCUGCAGUUUCUUGCACGGGGGCCCGACAAAAAUUUUUUUCGCGCGCGCGGUGCGUGUGCCCCAUCCCUUGUCGCUUCGCGCCAGCGCCCUUGCAGUUUUAUUCUCACACGGGUGGUCAGAAAAAAAUCGCGCGCGCUGCGCGCGCGCCAUUUUUCGUUGCGCCGCGCCAGUGACCUUGUACUUUCUUGCGCGGGUGGCGGAUUUUUUUCGGGCGCGCGCUGCGCGCGCUGCAUCCUUCGACUCGUCGUGCCAGCGCACGCGCAGUUUCUAUCUUGCACGGAUACCCGACAAAAAUUUUUCUCGCGCACGCGCUGCCCUGCGCGCGCUUCGUCCGCCACUGUUUCGCGCCAACGGUCCGGCGGCUUCUAUUUUGCGCGGGCGGCCAAAAAAAUUUUUGUUUGCAGCGCGCGCUGCGCGCGCCCCUUCCUUCGUUGCUUCGCACCAAUGCCCUGGCGGUUUCUAUUUUGGACGAGCGACCAAAAAAUUUUUUUUUCCCGCGCGCGCUGCGCGCGCGUCAUACUUUGUUGCUUCGCGCCAACGCCCUGGCGGUUUCUACCUUGCACGGCUGGCCGGCAAAAAUUUUCUCUCGCGCGCGCGCUGCGCGCGCUCCAACCUGCACUGCCUCGCGCCAACGCCCUCGCCGUUUCUUGCGCGGGCGGCUGACUGACAAAAAGUUGGCUCGCGCGCGGCGCGCACUGCUCCAUCCUUCGCUGCUUCGCGCCGGCACCCCUGCAGUUUCUAUCUCGCACGGGCGACCGACAAAUAUUUUUUUGGCGCGCGCCUGCGCGCGCGCCGUCCUCCGCUUCACUGCACUGCUUUGACCUGGCGCCCUUCUAGUUUCUUGCACGGGUGGCCGACACAAUUUUUUUCGCGCGCCUGCCGCGGGCGUGCCCUUCUUCUUCGUUGCCCUACGCCGAGGGCCAUACGCGUUCGCUCGCGGCUGGCCGGCGAAAAUUCUUUCCACGGGGGCGCGUUUUUGCUUCUUGGGUGUGGGCAUUUGGAGUGCUGUACUCGGGCUACCCCGGGUCGUGGGUCCACGGGUUUGCUGCCGAGUCACCAUCUCAGUGUGUGGCUGGGGUGCCGGUCGCCGCAAGUUGCAGGGCCUGCUGUUCCGGCCGUUAAAAAGGGCCCGAUUUGGCGGGGCGCCCUUGAAAUCGCGCCAGAUGAACAGCCCGGGGCGCGCUGCUCUUGCAAUCACGCUGGAGUUGCUGAGGGGUGGCCUCCCUUUCAAAUUGCGCGCAAGCAUGCAGCGCCUGAGCGGCUGCCGGGCGCCUGGCCCUUGGUUGGGGUUGAGCUUUUGUUGUGCGACUUGCCUGGCGCGAUUUGUGUUUCGUUUGAGGUCGAUUCUAGUUGGUCGUGGGGGUGGUUUGCCUUUGAGGUCGCUUCGGAGCGGGUGCGGGGUGAUCUGCCUCUGAUGCGCUGUGGUGCGAACGGCUGAGAGGCGAGUUGCCGGUAAAGCGGUCGAGGGACGACUUGCUUUUCGUUGCGACCCAGCACCGGCCACAUCGCGCAAAAUGGCCGUGAAAUUGCGGCCGUUCUUCGGGCUUUAUAGGGCAGCGCACUUGAUGUUGAUGUGAGGUUGCAUGGGGCAAACCGCCCUCGAGCGCGGCGCCAUAGUCAGCAGGGCGCCCGGGAAAGGCUUCGUAGGGCCUUGCGCCCUUGAGCUUGCGUCUGCGUCGGGCCGCAUAGGGCAGUGCGCCCGCCCUUGAAGGUGCGGCUUGGGCCGCAGAGGGCGCCGCGCCCCUGGCAUUGCACUGCGCCCGGGCGUCCAAGGGCGAUAAGUUCUGCUUUUGUGGUUUUCUGGCGGGCUAUGAGAAUCUCCUUGGCAAGGAGAUUCUCCCACGUUCGGGGAGAAUCUCCUUGCCAAGGAGAUUCUCCUUGGGAGAAGGGGAGCGAGACAGCGGGAGGAAGUGAAGGAAAUAGAAGGAAAUGAAGGAAAAGGAAGCAAAUGAUGGAAAAGGAAGCAAAUGAAGGAAAAAGAAAGAAAAGAAAAAAAAAGAAAGAAGAAAAAAAUGGAAAAUUAGGAGAGAGGAGGAGGGGAGGGAGGAGAUUCUCCUGGGGGUCCAGGAGAAUCUCCUUGGGCCAAGGAGAUUCUCCGAGAUUUUCCUUGAAGCUUGCCCAUCCGUGCAAGAUUUGCAUCUUCUCAUUGCUUUCCCUUCAAUUGUCUUGUCGCAUGAUCGGAGACCUUCUUUCGUGGGAGGUCUUUGCAGCUUUUUUGUUUCGAUACUUUGAUUCACAACACCAUGCUGUUCAGCUCGGCGACGGGGCAGCAGCAGAACUUGGUGAAAAUCGAGUUCCAGUUUUUGACGCAGUUUUCCAACCUGAACCUGGGUCUGCAGCACGAGAAUGCUGUUGCGAACCACCUGUUGCACAGCUUGGCAAAGCCGAACUUUGGCGUCGCCGGGGAGCUGCGAGACGUCGGCGCAGGAGGUUUAGCAUAUCCUACAGAAAAUACUGGAUGUGGCAUAGCGUUUUACUAGUUAAGCGUACUACUUGUUGGCUUAGCGAGAAAAAUAACAAAGUGGUUUCUAUCUCAUGCAUAUUUAGGACGACGAACAUCGAGAAGCAUACCAGAAUAGAUACAUUUUUAUUCUCUCUCCGCACGCGAAUUCAAAUUGGCUUGCGGUGAAGGUGCAACACAGAAAUAAGUUUGUAGAAAGUCGCUUUUGCAGCUACUUAUUUGCUCAUGACAAAUUUGAAACAGAAAUUGGAUUUUGCCUAUGCCACAUCCAGUUUUCCGAAGAAUAGGACGCCCAGUAUGAAGAAAAUUUCCGCGGCAGUCACGUUAGCGGGGCGACUGGCGGAAAACUCCGGGAGCGGGGAGCCCGCUUUUCAAGACUUUUUGUUUCAGCCGGAGAAUGGAGCGGCCAAACGAAUCAAGGACAUCUACGAAAAUGGGCCAGAAAACUACGACCGAGACAACAUUCGGCAAAACGAAGUGGGCCAGAAACUCCUUCACGAACUAUGGAACAGAAAAAAGCUAGCAUAUGCGAUGCUUCUUUAUUGUCAUGCAAAAGUGUUGAUUUAACGUACACAAAGUCGAAAAGAAACUUUUUUUCUGACCAAGCUGCAGCUACCCGUGAGAUACAUAAAAUGCUGCUUAUGCUUUUUGCACAACGAUUUAAGAAUCAAAGCGAGAAGGACGUGAAUUUGUCUACAUAGAGAUCUGUCCUAUUAUGCUUGCUCUUUUCCACCGCAUAACCUCAGCUCGUCGCGCUGCGUCCUGCCGACGAAAGCGAGGCGUCGCCCUCCAUCUGUCAUGCUGACCAGGAAGAAGGUUUGAAUGCUUUCGAAACCGCGCGGAACGGCUUUGCCUUUUUUACUAGGCAGGACCUAGCGUUGACCAAAAUCGACCAGCAAGCGCAAGUAUCGACUGCAAAUAAGAUAUGACGAUCUGAGUCUGAAGGUGUGGAAUAUCAUGACAUUUACACAGCAAAACUUGCACGGACAGCCACGUAGAGUGAGAAGAUUGUUGUGCGGAGGAACACGAUGAACAACAACUCGCAAUUACAACGACGUGUUGCGCGUGCCAGUCCAUGACAGAUCUUUGUUUUUCUUCGUAUCGGGCAUGACAAAAGCAUGGCGUUCUUGAUCUUGCGCUUGCCUCGCCACAUGCAUGAUGAGUGAUUUUCCAAUGCAAGCAGUACCUACAAUUCUACAUCCGAUUCUCAGACCCAGAUCGUCGCUAUUUUUUGCAAUCCAUAGUAACCUGGAAUGACGGGCGGGACUGCUGCUGUGUUCAAGGGAGAUCAACUUGAGCACACCGCUGCAGGUAGAUGUGUUGAUGUUGAUGUUCAAGUUUCAUUUACAAUGUAUCGACAUGCGUUUAGUAGAAAGAAAACGCAUGACAAAUGACCUCCUGCACGCUUUCUUGUACUUUUAUGACCGCAUUUGAUUGUUGUACGUGUGCCAAAAAAUGACAUGCCGUUGGUCGUGUAUUUACUUCAAAAUCACAUAAAUAUUAUCAAAUGUAAAAAUGUCUGGGUCUGGAAGAUUCUAAACUUGUAAUGCUGUUUCUGGAUUCUAAAAAAAUUUGUAUUGCAUGACCAGCAAAAGGACUCCAGUUUGUGCUACGUGGAGAGGGCAUUUGUCAUGCAGUAGAGGCAUCACAAGGUCCUCUAAAAAUCUGUGAUGCUAGGGCAUGCAUCACAGACAUCAUGGGUCAUUCAAAAUAUGCAUGACAAACCUGGCAAUCUUCCAGACCCAGACAUUUUUACAUUUGAUAAAUAUGAAUCAGAUUCAAUUCAUUUCGUUCCUUAUCAGGUUCCGAAGAGGACGCGACGCAUAGAGAUGACACAGGGCGCGACGGAGGGGCCUCGCAAGAGCCGUCCGCUCAGGGUAAAGAAAAUUACGUGGUUUUUGGUUGUUUGAAGCAACGCUUGCUUUGGCUUUCAUGUGCUUCUAGAACCCUCAAAAUAUAAUUCCGUGCAAUACGAACCGACCGUGCGCGUCCAGCGAUACGAACUGGUGGGGGGGCAGAACAUGAGAGAUCUCAUCUAUCCAGACGAAGUAAGUACCGAACACACGGAAGAACUCUAAUCGUCCACUGUAAUAAAUACUGUUUCAGGUGAACAACAUCAAGGAGCCCAGGGACAUCAUGAUCGCGCUGGGCGUCGCGGUUCCGGUAGUUCGAGAAUUAAAGCGGGUAUAAUUUCUGAAAUUUGCGAAGAGAGACACAAGAACUUCUCCUGACUUCAUACAUUGACUUCUACUACUAUCGACGUUCACUAUGUAUUGAUGACUCUUGGACUUUUUCGAUUUCCCCGCCUGGAUGACUCGACGUUUGGCAUGAUGAUUCCAACACUUCUUCGAAAAAUUUUCUCUAUUCAAUAAACCAGACUCGUCGUCGCGAAAAAAGAACCUCGAGCAGCACAAGACCGACGCCGCUCUGGCCUACCGAGAAUACCAGGUGCAGGCACUGAAGCCGUACGAGAAACGCCACUUCCUGUUGCGCCACGAGCGCUUCAUGCAGAAAAUCUAUCACCGGGGAAAAACUGUAGUUUCACUGUGAACAUUCGCAACGGCAGCUACAGCUUCAGAAUGCUCUAUUGCAAUAAAAGUUUGCUUGGAAUACUUGCACAUGAUAGUGCGCAGCUUCGCAAAUGAUAAACGACGGCUACAUCGUAUUGAAAUAGUGGCGUUCCUCACUGCAUGAAUUCCAAGCAAGAUACGAAGUUGCGAUUGAUGUGUAUUUUUGCAUGCUAAUUGUGAAAUACGAGUCAGGAAUUGUAGCGAAGCCGAAACUACAGUUUUUGUCGUGCAUAGCGUCGUCGAGAAGCUUAACGCUGGCACGAGCCAGGACCGUCAGGGAUCCAGAAAGGUGAAAGACCCAGCACAGCUAUGGAACGAAAAAACGAUUGCAUCACAACCUACCAUCACGACCGGGGUUUCGGUUUUAUUGUAUUUGCAUUGCGACCUCGUAUCGACUGUCGGACGGUAUUUACGGUUCUUUGCCGGUCAUCGGAAGAAGUAGUUCAUCUUGUGUUCUGACUGGAGAAAGAAACAAGGAUACAUUUAUAUUCGGCAGGAGGUAUUUUUUGUAGACCUUAUUUCUGCUAUGAUAAUGUGGAACUUCGUUACAGCAUGCGUCUCACAUUUAGCAGUAGCGCCGACUAGAGAUUUGCCUGAUGAGUUGUGUGCAUCCGUGAUGCAGGCGUUUUUGCCCUGCAUAAGCCAUCAAGCUAAUGGAACGGAUUCUGGCGCGCCUCGUAUCGUACAGGAAAAUUACACUGAGGCAAAGAAUUUGCAGCCGCUUGCACUACUUGGUUUCAAGAUGCAUCAAGUUAGUAGCCGAUAUUUCGAUCGUGCAUGAUGUAAGAGUCACUUCUAUCUUCAUAGCGUGCGGCACCUUGAGGAAGACUCACAUGAAAUUUUCCCCUCCCAUAGCUUGAGCACGCGUUGCUGUCCUGUGGGCAGCCGAAGGACUCCAGUUCUUUUGCGAGACUGGGUAGAAAAUUAUCGGUUAUGGCACCGAUUCACCACGUGCCGGCGUGGAACAGCGGAACUUCUGGAAACGGCAGCAUCGAAGGACGAGGCAGUACUUUUCAACCGGCGGGCCGUACGGGUCCCGCCCCGGCGAGUGCAACAUCGCGUCAGCGGGCACAAGAACCCGAAAGUGGAGCAGGUGAUGAAGAUCUUCAAGUGGCUGGGCUGCUGGUUAUGCAUUGCAAAUUAUAUGUGUGGGUCUGGAUUUGUGAUGCGAAAUUUGAAGGACAACAAGGAUUUGUGAUGCACAAAUACGACUGGCAGUUUUUUUGUCGUGGUGUGAAACUCAGUUUGUCAUGCAUGACACGGUAGGACUCGCAACAUCAUCCGAUAAAUUUCAACUUGUGAUGCAUUCAUGCCGGGCAAAACAUCGUGCUGUCAUGCAAAAAUCAGCAACGCAAAUUCGUUGCAUCUACAACUUUCCAGACCCAGACUACAUAUUUGCAGUUAAUACUGGCAGAAGAUAUGCAAAAACUCAGCACCGCUUGA